AUGUUGGGGGAGCCCCCGCUCGUUCCGGCACCGAGUCCCGUGCUAGGUGCGUCGCCAGCGGACGAUGGAUCUCCCGAUUUCCCAGAUGGCAUUGAGGAUAUUGAAGCAGACCCAGGAACCCCUGCCGACGAGGUCUUGUUCGACAUUCCCUUGCUGUCGGAGUUGGACUCCGACGUAGAACCCGUCGGUGAAGACACACCCCCACCCGUCCCAAACGCCACGCCAGAGUUGGACCACACCCCGGGCCCGGAAGACGCUGAGUUGAGGGAGGCCCUGGCGCUGCUGGGGCUGGACAUCGCGUCUGUUUACGCCGCCCGCCCCGACACUUGGAAAACCUUGCUCGUAAGCGGCUACCGCCGAUCUGCCCGGGCGGCGCACCCGGAUACAAACCCAGGUGAUGCCCAAGCGCCCGCCAGAUUCCGCGAGUUGGUCCGGCGACGGGAGGUAGCCGAAGCUAUCCUGAAGGAAUGGCAUAGGAUCCGGGAGCUUUUCCCGAAGCUCAUGCCAAGUUGUUUUUGCAACCGCUGUUUGGCGGUCCACAAGGCACGUUCCAAGUGCGAGGACUGCUUCGGCCCUCCGGGUAGCAAAAAAAGGGGUCACAAAUGUGGUCUUUCGGGGAUCGGGCGUGUGAUGAGAUUCAAUCCCCAGAUCGUGCCCGAUAUUAUCAAGCACAAAGGCCACGGCUGGGAUGAUGACGAUUCACACCGCAUGGCCCUCAAGGCACACAAAACCAAAACUUUUGUCGAAGAGAAGCAACAAGAGCUGGACAAGCUGGUCAAAAAACGGAAAAAGGAGGAAGCCGACCUGGCAUUCCAGCAAGACCUUGCUAUCGAAAUCCAG